AAUUGUCUUGUCAGAGAACCAUUUCUUAACAAACCAACGUUACGACAUGAAAACAGAAACAGAAUACAUAAAAUCGAAAAAAAUUUGGCGGUCGCCAGGACUUGGAAUAAAAUAUUCUAGUCUAGGUGAAGCAAUUUUUUCAAAACUUAACGAAAGUAAUCCUGACCGGGUAAUUGAAGUUAAUUGUGACAGUGGUAAAGAAUUAACAGUGAACGAAAUACGUCAACAAACUAAAACGGUUGCAAGGAAUUUUCAAAGAUUUGGUGUAAAAGUAGGAGAUACGGUUGUAGUGUUCUCAAGGUCGAACACAAAAAUCACACCGAUAACUUUUGCUUGCUUUGCUCUCGGAGCGCCGGUAAACUUUUUUGAAACAAGCUUUCAGGAUGAUGUCAUUAGACACAAUUUAGAACUUCUAAACCCAACUUUGAUAAUUUUCGAAGAAGAAUUUAGGGAUACAAUUCAAACAUGUCUCGAAGGCUUGCAACUUCCCAAGCUUAAACAGUCUUUCAGUGUUGAUUCUCAUGAACUCUUUGAAGUUCAAACUGAUGAAGAAGAUUUUCAACCUAUUCACAUAGAAGAUCCAAGUCAACAUCCAGCGACCUUAAUCUUCACAUCCGGCUCUACGGGAAUGCCAAAGAUUGUAAUUCUUUCUCAUGCCCUUAUGAUGCAAGACUUGUACAAUAAGUGGUGGCCUUUAGAUUCGAAUUCGAUUAUCUGUGGAUAUUGUGAUCUUCGUUGGGUUGUUCAAAUCCAGAUGAUGAUGCAACCAGUUUUUUUCGGUGCGAAACGUGUCUACACAUCUCGUGCUGAAACAGGAAUCACAGUUGAAGAGAAAAGAGCAAUCAUUGAUAGAUUCAAGAUCACACAUUUCUUCGAAGUCCCCAUGUUCUACCUUGAGAUUCUGGCAUCUGCUGAACAAUCAAAAGACCCUCGGAGUUUGAGCUCCUUGAAGAUAGCUUUGGUAGGUGGUGAUGUUGUUACAGAGGCCUUGGUUGACUUCUCGCAAAGAGUAAUACCGAAAUGCAGAGUGAUCAAGGUCUACGGAAUGACAGAAGUCGCUGGUGCAGUUUGUACAAGUGAACUUUCCAGCAAGACCGAAUUGAACGGAGGAGUUCUAAAAAAUGGUUUCAUGGUGAAAAUAAUCGAUGACAAGGGUUAUUCGUUGGGUCCUAACGAAGCAGGUCGAUUGUGUUUAAAGUCAACCGUACCUUUGUUGGGAUAUUUGAAAAACGAAAAGGCAAACAAAAGGGCUUUUCUAGAAGACGGAUGGUACGAUACCGGAGAUUGUGCGUGCAUGGGUUCGGAUAAUUUAUUGAGUAUUGGUACGCGCUAUCAUGAUUUGGUGCGAUCUUCCGAAACAAUUAUUGUUCCAAGUGUUGUUGAAAGUAUCAUCAAUAACCAUCAAUGCGUCCAGUCCUCUAUUUUAGUUGGUCAUUCAAAUUCUGAGAAAUCCAAAGAUCACACCGGAACUUUGUUGAAAAAUCAAAAUUUCUCACACAAAAUCGAAGAAGAACUUCGAAAUCUUCUGCAGGAUGAACUUACUAAUGAACAAUUUGAUAUUAUUCGUUACAUAAGGAUUAUUUCAGAAAUUCCAUUGAAAUCCUGUGGCAAGGCUGAUCGCAAGGCUUUGAAAGUCUUGGCUGAAAAACUUCGAAAAUCUAACGGAAUCGGAAGUCAUUAA